CGUGAAGGCGGAGAAGUUGAACGGGGUCAAAAGGCCCUUUUGUAAAUGAGAAAUUUCUCACUCUUCAAAUUUUUGAACAAGAACCGCUUGAGCAGUUAAGCUUUAAUUACUUUAUUUACACUCAGAAGUCUUCAGAACCUAUCAGAUCAGAAAAGUUCGCUUUCGUGAGAAGCUGAGUCCCAUUAGCAGCGUUCAAGGUUCAAAUUGGCUGCUCACUUACUUCGUUCAACUCAAAGGUACGUCUUUUAAUAUUUCCUCAGUUCAAAGGUAAAUUUUCAGCAGUAUUUUGCGCCGUACAUAUGUAGUUAUGUGCAUGUAGUGUCAUCGCAUCAUACUAUAUAUUCUAAAGACAAUAGGGAGUUCACGCUCUUAGUUGCAUCAUGGGUAAUCAGGGUAAGAUGGCGGGAAAUUCCUAGAUUUGUAUGAGAAUUAAAAGCCAGCUAAUUCUUAAGAAAACCUCGAUUUUUCCAUACAUAAUUUCAUAAUUUCUCUAAAUGCUGAUCAAUGGGCCUCUUUGCACUCCAGAUUUAGUGUAUUGUUUCUCUGAAAUCGUAAACUUGUUACUCUUUUCAAAGACAAAGCAUCAAAGAUAUGAAUUCAGGAAGAAUUAGCUGGCUUUGAAUUCUAAUAAAAAUCUUUGAAUUUCUCGCCAUCUUGCCUUGAUUACCCAUGAUGCAACCAUGAGCAUGAACUCCUCCAUGGCACCCAUUUAUAUUGACCCCUGCCUGUGAACUCAUUGUUUGUUUCAUUGGAUAUAUGAAUUCGAGAGCAGAUCCUCACGAAACUUGGGGGAAGCUUACUAAUGGGGAGAUCCAAACAAGAUUAAAAAUUGCACCAUAAGUAAACUUACUCGUAUUCAGGAUGACAAUUAUGCCACUGAACACAUGAGCACGAAAACCUACACUGAUCGACAGAUCCCCUCUUGAAAUUUUGCUGAAAGCUAGUCAUGCCAUUUGCUGGUUAGUAGUGCUUGUACAUGUGGACAGUGAUAUUCUCAUGUGCAGUUACAGAGAAAAAGUCAGUUGUUUUGUUGCAGACUCUUGCCUCUGGCCACAGGUUCCAAUAACUUUUUCCCACUGAAUGUUUUCCCUGAGCGGUUGUUUAUGGUAGAAUACGUGUAGAUGUCUGUGACUAGGAAAGGGACAUAACGCUUCUUUUCCCUAAGGGAAAAGUUGGCUUAGUUGGUUAUUUUAUGCCCUGUUUCUCACAGGGCUUAAACCAGGGUUGUCAAAAGUAGCUGGCUGCCGGCGAAAAUCACUGCAUUCUUGGUUAGUAUCGGCUGUCUACUCUGCUUGGCAUUUCUUCACAGAUGGCAUUUUUUAAAUAAAAUAUCCCUGGACUGGCCGCUUACUUUGACAACUCUGCCAUCUACUUCAAAACUUUCUGACAGCCCAGUUAAACAAACCACCUACGCGACAAGCAAAAGACAAGAACAACUUCGUAAACGUCAAAAGCCAUGCAAGAGAGAAACCUCUCCUCACCAAGUUUAGCUGUCAUGUAGGUUAAAAAAGAGAGGGAGAUUUUGCUAUCUGAACAGUCAUUUUAUUAGGAAAAGUAUUAUUUUAAUGUUCAUGAGUUCUUCAAGAAAUAAAUUCAUGCUUUUGUAGCAAAGCUCAGUAACAGAUGUUUCUGUUGGUUUCCAGCCUCCAUGUUGGUGCCCUCAUUUAGCUGGAUUGUCACCAACAUGGCAUCUCCAUUUAAAGCUCUGUUAUUUCUUCUGACAUCUCACAUAGAAUUAUGAAAUAUUGGCAUUGACCUGAUUAGCAAGGAUCUUUGUAUGGGUAUCUCCUUUAAUUUCCUGGAUUCUUGACUUUAUCUAUUGAACAGUUUUCAUUUUGAUAAUUAUUUAAUGGCAUAACAGGGAAAAACAGUGAUACAGUUUGUAGGUGACAGUGCAGACACCCAGGGUUGUCAGAAAGUUUUAAAGUAGACAGCUGAGUUGUCAAAGUAAGUGGCCUGUCCAAGGAUAUUUUAUUUAAAAAACUUCACCAGUAAAGAAAUGCCAAGCAGAGUACAUGUAGCUGGCCGAUACUAACCAAGUAGGUGGCGAUUUUCGCCGGGAGCCAGCUACUUUUGACAACCCUGGACCCCAAGGAGGAUACUCCCGAUUUCAAGUGACAAGGGUGAUCGAAGGAUUUUUUUGGGUUUGAAAUUUUCAAGUUUGGGAUUUUUUGGGGUUGGAAAAUUUGCAAGUACUUUUUGGGUAGGUUGAUGUAAGUGUAGAGAUUUUUGGGGGUAUUCCAAACCACCUGAAGAUUUGUGGCAGUUCCCAUGUAUCCCAGCUGCAUAGUUGCGCAAAUAAAUUUUUAUGGCUCAGAUUUAUGACUCAGAUAUUGAAAUCAUGAGUACUCCCCUCCCCCCCCUCCUCCCCCGGGGUGCAGAUCACCAGUCACUGUGUUUUAAAUCUACUUAUCCCAGAUUUCUAGGCAGGACUUGUUUUGUCAUGCAUUAAAGUGGCUGUGUUCAAUGCUGUUCAGUUUUUUUUAAAAUUUAAAAAACAAAUUACAAUCAUCACGUUUGUAAGCCGUUCGUGACUGCUCGUUCAAAGAUUUCAUGAGCCGUUCGAACGUUUAGAUUGCUCGUUCGGAAUUUUUUUAUGAGCCGUUCGAACGGUUUGGUUACCCGUUCGGAAUUUUUUAUGAGCCGUUCGAACGGUUUGGUUACCCGUUCGGAAUGUUCUACGACCCGUUCGAACGGUUAGGCUACCCGUUCGCAAUUUUCCCCGAGCCGUUCGAACGGCUAAGCUACCCGUUCGGAAUACUUAAUCACCCGUUCGAACACUCAUUGAAACCCGUUUAAAACGGCUUGGUGACCCGUUUGUAACCCGUUCGAUGGCCGUUCAUUUCACCCGUUUAACGGAAAGUCGUUAUAGUACGUUUUCGCAUGAAAGGUCACAAAUGCCAGUUAUGCAUCUUUUUUGUUAUAGAACUUGAGGAAAUACUUGUGAAUGACAAAAUCAGAGCUGCAUCACAAUCAAAUAAUUUUGUCACCCAAGCAUUAUAUCAAAAGUUAAAAACAUCAAAGUGAACUUUAAAAACUGUUAGGCUAACAGGUUUACAAAAAUCACAAUUGAAAUCUGUUUCAAUCUUCUUCAAGUUUGUCCAUCUGUGCCUCCUUUUGUGUUUGCAUUGUUAUAAUUUAUACCUUCUUUUCAUGUUUUGAGCAGUUUUUUUAUGUUUGCAAUAGGUGCUGUCCUUGUUUGAUGCAGGGGGUUCAUUAGGCAUCAAAGAUGAGAUAAUUCUCUGUUUACUACACACAAUCCUCUGGCUAAUGUUCAGUUGCCCAUGACUACUUUUUAUUAAGACGAAGAGCCUCUUUCAAUUAUUCGCCAGUAACGUUGCUAAUUUCUCCUACUACCAGAAUUCUAUGGCAACCCUAUUGAUGUAAGGCUUUUAUCUUGGUGUAGUUGAUAGCAUCAAAUCCUGAAGGUCAAAAAACAUUUUUUUUAGAAAGAACAUUAAUGUAAUAUUAACAUUUACAGAUAACUUUGUAAAGGAGUGUUGAUGGUUUGCUGCAUAAUUUGUGGAUACAUUUUGGAACUGUUCAGUAGUUAUGGAUGUAAGUGAACCAAACACAUCAUCAAGUGGUCAAGGGCAGAGUACCCCCGGUGAAACUGCAGGUACAACUAAAGUAGUAACAGUUGAUCAGAAGUAAUUAUGGUAAAAGAAAACCUUUAUAAUGUUGUUAAAUGUUUUAGCAACAAAGCAUUAAAAUACAGAGCUGACACACACUUGUGCAAUACAAGCAGUCUAGUAACUGUUGAAGUGGCUUUAAUUCCCCGACAGGUAAUUUUAGAAAGAAUGACACUGGAAGUCCACGAUGAAGAAGGUGCUUGCCAUUUACACAAACCUGAUUUAAGUGGUAAUCUUGUGUAUGUUGAACACAAAAUGAUAAAAUUGGAUGUGUAAGGAGACACCCUGUUACAUUAAAGUAUAUCCAAAUCACCAUAACAGACUAAAAAAGUUGAAAAAUUGCAUGGCCUCAAAUCACAGCCCAAAUUUAACCAACUGCCUUGCUUAAGUGGAAGGUGGGUGCCUGGGAUACCUAGGGGCUUCCACUGUGGCCAGCCAGCCCCUAGAUAGAAAACUGCCCCCAUGGCUGGCAAAUCCCCGCAACCCAGCCAUGAGCCCCCUUUCCAGGCACCCGUCACACUGAUGAAACAGUGGAAGGAAGAAAAAUAGGGAUGGGAGGGGGAGAAGACGCUAAAUGAACCGCUCCACAGACCACUGCACAAACGCUCGAUGAAGAACUCGCAGAUCCUAGCCGUGUACAAAGCUACCACAAACCAUGUGAGCCUGCACUUAUGGGAUUGACCGCUGGAUGCCCGCUACGCUCGUGGGCCGCUUGAACGCUAAGCUUGUGGACCACUUGACCGCUUAACUUGUGGACCGCUAAUCUUGUGGACCGCUUAACUGCUAAGCUUGUGAACAGCUUGACCGCUACGCUUGUGAACCGCUUGACCGCUAAGCUUAUGAACCGCUUGACUGCUAAGCUCAUGGUGGUUAACUUAGUUAAAUUACAUUUAACCAAAUUCAAUUCUGAAGCUUCCUAAACAGAAUGGCCUAAACCAUUUGAUUUUCCAGCCAGAAUUUCUGGUUUCCCAAGUUACCCUAGUUUCUAGAUACCCAUGCAUGUACCCUAGACACAGAAGAAGAGUCAGGGACAGGAAAAGGCAUGGUUAUCAGUUUGCAUAAGAAGCAGGUUUACUCAUGUGAGAAGAUUUGGUUUUUCAACCGAUUUGAUGCCUAUUAACAAAAGGUAAUUUUCAGCCACUGUUGAAUGGGGAAUGGCAAGAGUGGACAAUUCAAGUGCUAGCCCAUAUUAUUUUGUGCAUGACUCUGUUGGUAGUGUCCUACAUUUUAAUCUUCAUUUAUCUUAAACUGGGUACAAUUUUUUAAAGGUAGUAGCCAUAGUACUGGUUCAAACAACUCAAGAAGGAGUUUUUCUGAAGCAUUAAGUCGUCCUUCUACAACCCAAGGUUAGAUACUAUAAUGCUUUUUUAUUAUGCACUGCAAGUGAGAUGAUGUAAAUCCUUUGUUUUGAUGUGCACUUUAAAAACGCAUUUUACCUGAGUGUCAAUGCCAUAUUUAGUACUAAUUGAGAACCCUGUUUCUGUGUCAACAUGAAAGACAGGACCCCAUUUUAUGUGGUCAUCUGAGUCAUGCAACGGUCUAGCCAUUAAUUUUUACAGGGCAGAGCCGAGAGGCAGUAUCUUUAUUUCUCAGUUAUUUUAAGACCUUGAGUUUUGGUCCAGUCCUGGAACAGUCAACCUCCUGCUCUGCAGACAAGUGCUCUACCUCCUUAGCUAGAUCAGCCUACCACACACCUGCUGCCGCAACCAACUACAAUUAAAUAGCACCAAAUGCAGUAAAAUUACCCACUAAUGAUCAUAAUCAUUCACGUUUUGGCAUAUAUUGAUUUACCAAAUCAUUAACAUAUGCAUGUAGCCUCUAAACUGCUAAUUAUAAAUGUUCAAAUGUAUAAAGUACAGUCAAAUCACUACUUAAGUGAUGAGUUUCGCCAUUCCAGACGUCAUAAAUCUGCACUUUGGCUGGGAUAAAGAAAAACUCUUCGGUAUCUUUAAGUUCAAAGAACUGUCUACUAAAAAGGAUUUCUAAUAUGGAGCUGUCUUAAUUAAGUUUUAACCCUUUUCAUCAAACACUAUACAAAAGCAACGGUUGCAUGUACAUGUAUUUAUUAUAUACAUACUGAGAAAUACUCACCAAAAAGCUAUGUCGUAAAUUUUCGUACGCAAAUUAGUUCUAGCCAAUCAGAGGAGCGAACGAUGGUUUUCACACGUGAAAAAAAUGAUACGUCCAAUCGGAAUGGCGAACAAUGUUUUUUCACGUGUGAGAAAAAUGAUACGUCCAAUCAGAAGCCACAGAGGUGUGUGAGUUUCGCGCAAAAAUUCCCGCCUUUUAUUGCAGCUUGCAGCGCCGCUUCGUACACAUUGAACGAGAAAAGUUUUACUCAAAGAGUUUUUCCUGCUAAAAAAGUGAAAAACAUUUCGGAAAUGGAGUGGAAUAGUUUCGUUUGUUUCACUGUCGAUAAAGAAAACGGUAGAGAGCCGGCGAAACAACAGCGGAAAGGGAUAAACAGAACGAGACGUAAGCUUUUGUUGGGCUUUUUGUCUGAGCUACUUUGCCUUUCAUUUAAGCUUAAGCUUAUAUUGAAACCGGCCAUUUUACUUAAAUUCACUCAUUUUCAAUUGUGCAUUGAGAACGAACAGUUAAGAUUACUUAUAGUUCUUGGAUUACCUCAUAUCCUCACCGUCAUUUAUGUUUUUAACAAACGUUUUUACUAAAAAGCUGAUACUUCGUUUUCGUUGUGAUUUUGCGGUAAGUGUGUAGUGGCAAAUUUUAGCAUUUUUGAAAGAUUUAAAUUAAAAGGCUGCCAAAAUGAUGAAUGUCUCAUAUGUAUAUAAUAAACACUUUGUACGGUAUUUACGCACUCGUUGUUUUUGUAUCAGAAAUCUUACUCGUUCGCUGCGCUCACUCGUUCGAUUUCUGAUACGUCAACAACUCGUGCGUAAAUACCGUACGCCAGCACUUUCCAUGAAGUAUUCUCUAUGUCAGCUUUGGUUUUAUUUAAUAAAAAUUUUUCUUGUGACCACCAGGCAACUGUUGUUCUUUUUAUGUGCCUUUUUUCAACGGUAAAUUAUCUCAGAAAAGCCAUCUUGGGAAAGGUUAUAAAGUUGUUGUAUAGUGUAUCCCAUUGCCAUGUUAUGCCUCUCUUAGGCCCAGUGUUCUCAAUAGAUUUUUAAUUAGGAGGUGAUCACUGAUAAAGUAGGAGGCUCUUCAGCAAAGCCAGAGGUGUCAAAACAAAGCAAAGAAAAGCGACUUAAACACAAAGUAAGCGGCUAUAAACCCCAAAGUAAGCGGCGAUCAAUCGCCGGGUGCCGCCUUCUAUUGAGAACCCUGUAGGCCUAGAGUAGAUAAUAUUAUGUCAGAUACUGGAGACCAGGAAUGCAGCAGUGGUAGAAAACGAAAGAUUGGAAGUUUCUGCAUUUUAAAUUUUCACUUAAUGUUUUCCUCCCUUGCUUUUUGUCUUCAGCUGCUGCCUCUGAUGAGGAUCAAACUGAUCACAAGCGCAGGAGACUAGACACUACUGGAGAUCAAGCUAACAGUGAUGGUAAAUAAGACAUUGUUUCUAUGUACAUAACGUUAUACAAACAAUAAUAUUGUAUCAAGAUAAUGACUAAUAUUAUUUGUUUUGUCUGUGGCUUUUGUAUGUGGUACGGAACAUCUUUGCUCACUCAAACCAUUAUCUGGUCAUUUCCAUGGCUACCAUGCUGCUCAGAGCUUUACAGUGGCAUUAAAAAUAAUUGCUUCAGUUCUCCUUCCAACUGUCGAAAAUUGCAGACAACUAUCUCAAUGCAGUGCUAUCACAACAACAGAACGCUGGGCUCAAGACCAUCACACAAGGAGGGAAAAAUGCAUGUACUUACCUGAGAUAACGCUUGACAGUAACCUGCCCCAGUGCUCCAUCAACAUACAGGUGCUACCCUAUACAAGAAAUGAUGGCCAAAUACGCACUUAAAAAACGCUUCAAGAAUGCCGUUAACAAGACUUUUGCCCCUUGGUGUUGAAAACUUUAAAUUACAUUUUACUGCAUGUUAUGCCCAAGUGGCAAAUAGAGGUGAGGUGCCUGAGGGCGCCUAGGGUUGCAUAUGAAAUGACACCCCAAGAUGCUAGAACACUUGACUGGCCCACCCAAAACUGCAAACCAGCCACAAGCCCUAGCGCCAUGCCGAAGAGAUCUCCAGGUUCGGACCAAUGCAACCCAGGGCAAUGAAGGGGAGCUCAGGGCACCUAAGCCACAGUUCCUGGAAGUCCAACCUAUAUGUAAGACACCUAUCUACAGGCAAGACCCUAAUGUGCUACAACUGGUUGGAAACGUGAGUGAUCGCAGGAUUGAAGUGACUUUCUGGCUAACCCUCAGGGGUUAAAUUGUGAUUGGGAGACAUCCAGCAGACACAUGGCCACGAUCCUGCUGCUGUAACUGAAGACAGUUGGCAAACAGUGCCGCAAUGGCAUCAAACUUUGGUCCUAUAAAGUGUCAGACUAACGUAAACCCAUCACAGACUCAUUGUCAAACAAAAACUCUAUAAGUUGUGGCUUUCACCGGGGGCUUCACAGCGAGGCUGUGACAAUUUCAAUUAACUGGAUUAGGGUUGGAUCUGUGGAUGUUUCUUUGGCUGGCAAAGCCAGCUACCUCAGUGUGUGGCUUGAUACAAAGCUUACUUUGUCUACUCAUAAAUCAAUAAGAUGUGUGGAGCAGCAUUUUUCUACCUUUAAAAUAUUCCUCACAUAAGGAAAUUCCUAUCUAAAAGCGCACUGAAACCCCUAUUCACAUGUUCAUUACUAGCAUCCUUGAUUACUGCAACAGUUUAUUCUACAGUUUGCUCAACAGUCUUACCUUAAAGCUCCAGCGAAUUCAAAAGGCAUGUGCUCACUUGGUAUAUUCUGUGACUAAAUUCUGUCUACGGGAUCUGCACUGGCUACCUGUGAGGCAGCUCAUUGAUUUUAAGAUAAUAUUAAUUAUUUUUAAGACUUUAAAUAAUAUGGCUCCUUCUUAUCUUUCUUCUCUUAUUUGUGUUGCUACACCUUCGGGUUUGCAGUUCUUGUGAUGGAAACUUAUUCCGCUUUCCUCCAAUGAAAUCACCAAAGACCCUUGGGGAUUGCGCUUUCAUGUUUGCUGCCCCAAAGUUGUGAAGCAACAUACCACAGGACAUAAGGAUGACCACAAGUCUAUCAUGUUUUAAAAUUAAACUGAAAACUUUUUAAUUUUCGAACAUGUUUUCAUGACUAGGUUCUUAAUUUUUACUUGUCUUACUUUUAAUUAUUUGUAUGUACUGAUAAUUAUUAUCUUUAAAACUUCUGUAAAGUGCAAUUGAGCAUUCGUGUGGAAAUUGCCCUAUAUUAGUGACUUGACAAUUAUUAUUAUUAUUGCGGGCAACGAGAGGACCUUCGAUUGUUGUUGCCCGCACUCCGUAACCUUUGGUUAUCGCUAGUUGUUGUUAUAGGAUUUUAAUAGUUACCGUUGUUAUCAAUAAAAUAUGUUCGUUGUUAUUAUUAGUAUUAUUAUUAUUAUUAUCAUUAUUAAAUACAAAAAUUAAAUGAUUGUCGCAGUGGUGAUUGCAAUUUAAGCAAUGGCAAAUUACCCUGAAAAAAUUUUUCGUGGCUUCAACACAAUUGAAACCCAUGGCCUCUACGUCAGCGCAGCACUGCUCCACCAACUCAACAAAUUGGCCUACUCCCAAUUUAUGGGUCUUCAUUGCUCAGUUGGUAGAGCACUGCAGUGCUAACGCUAAUUUUUUUUCAUGUCAAUUUACAAUUGUUUAGAUUGCCAUUAUUACUGCGAUGAUCACAUCUUCAUUUAAAUUUGUAUUUCUGCAGUUUACAUCAUCGUCAUUCUGCAUUAAACUCCAUUUAUCAGAAUGUCUCAGUGUAUUUUUGCAUGGCUAUUUAAUUGCUUUUUUGUUUUUACUUCUUUUGUAUGGCAAUUGGGUGUAUUGCUAGGCAACCUAAACGCACUGCAUGGGCUUGGUUUUCAUGCACUGUUUGAUGUAUAUCUUUCAGAACUCGACUUCAAAGUUGUGUUUGCUCUGGACUUCUCCAAGACAGUGUCAACGGAAGACUUUCAAAAGGAGUUCAGAUUUUCUCAAGAUAUUUCCAGUUGCUGGAAGCUCCCCUCGGAGAGUGCAAAGACUGCGCUUGUUGUCUAUGGGGAGGGUGCUGAUACAGUACCCAUAGAUGUACAUUCAAUGGUAAUAUCUGUUCCACACCAAAGUGACAGUGAAUUCAGAAGAAUGGAUUUGGCCUUAAUAGAGGCUGCUACCCAUUUCAGUGAAAAUCCAACUCAGCAAAAGCUCAUUGUGCUGAUAACUGCUGGAAAACAGCUCUCAGGGGCAGAAGGAAGUGAAGAUGACCAGGAAAGGCUGGAGUCAAUCUCUGAAGCACUUUGCUCCAGCAAAAUCAAGGUUAUAAUUGUGCCAGUUGGCUGGGAAACCGACUUCAAAGAGCUUGGAUUAAUAGUGAAGCGACCACAGUCACUGUUUCCCCUGGAGUGUUUUGAUGACAUGACACAUGUUACUGCCGAGAAAAUUGCAACAGCCAUCAAAGCCACGAUAGGUGAGAUCUUAUUAUCUUGUUAUAAAUUUAAGGCUGACAUACACAUACACACUAUAAGAACCAACUGUACAGGUAGCUGUUUGCAUUUUCUCUUAUGCUAACAAACAGUCAAGUGGUUUAAGCUGGCAAAUUGUAUUAAAAAUGAACAACAGAACUAAGUAGACUUUAAAAAGAUUUCCAUUAAAACGAUGUGUUUCUUUUUAACGUUUAGACAUUGAAAAAUUUGCAAAGGACAGAGUGUAUAAAUUCCAAGAUGUCCCUCAGGAGGCAGGACUGUGGGAGAACAUAAGUCUUUGUUCUGAUGUCAUGGAGGGAGCUUGGUACUUGCUAUAUGAUAACAAGAAGAAACCCUCAAGGUCAGAGACCGUCAAGAAAUUUAUUCGAGAAAGUAUUGACAGUUUUCAUAGUACACUGGUAACGGAAAGUAAGAUAUGUUUAUCACUUGCUGUGUUUGGGAACCAAGGGGUUGGUAAAAGUUUUUUUCUCAAUUUUCUUUUAAACUGGGGUUUACGCGCUGAUCAACAAGUGGCAAAUGGGCCUCUUCCUUCCGCAGAAGGAGGUAGCCAGACACCACUUCCGAUAUAUGUUAAAUACGGAAAAAGAGUUAAAGUUUUGUUACACACGAAAAAGAAAGGUGUUAGUCCUGAAAUUUGGUUCCCAGAAGCAAACCUGGAGAAGAAGACCUUGGAAGACGUACGAGAUUUGCUAAGAAGAAAAUUCCAAGAAUUAGAUCAAGACGGAAACUCGCACGAUUCAAACGUAAAAGACGAAGUGCGUGUUGAGCUUCAAGGACCAUUUCCAGUUUUCCAUGGGCUGAAAAACAGGACGAUGACAAGCUCGGGGCAAUUAGAAUUAGAGGUUGAUGUAGAGUUCGUAGACGUUCCUGGGUACGGCGCUGAAACUGGCAAUGAUUCGAUAAGUGUGGAGCUAAGUAAAGCUGAUGUGGUGUUGUUUUUCGACAGUCAAAGCCAACUGUCAGGAAGGCCAGUGUCAGCUGAAGACAUCGCAGCAAUUUUUCGAAAACAUGACGAGUUUGAAUUUACCCGUAGACCGAAACUGGUUCAUGUAGUCAAUGACAGGAGAGUUCCCACCAGCACGUCAUCAGGCAACAUAGAUCUUUUGCUGCAAAAGAAAGAGGAGGAUCUCUCAAAUGCGUGGGACCUGUUUCUCGAAUGUAGCACUUAUGAAGACGAAAGAGGAAAGGUUCCUCAGCUUAGUGGAGAGGCCGUUUUGGAAAAAUUGCGGAAUGAAAGUGAGGUGGUGUAUUUUAAUCCAGCUGAGCACUGUAGCCUUUUUAAGAAGUUAAAAGAAGUUGUUAAACAGCAUGUUGAGCAUGUUAUGAUAAAACAAGCAGUCCAUCCAUUUUUGCAGAAAGUCCACCUAGCUGCAAAAAAGCUCAAAAGUCGAAUUGGUCGGAACUUGACUACAGAAAAAAGGAAGAAUAAAGCCAUUGCCAUCAAAGAAGGAGGGGUGAUUUGUGAAAUACAGCCAGACGAGAAUGAGGCAAGCGAUCUCGUGACAUCUUUCCUAACUCAAACGGAACUGCCUUUGGAUUUAGGUAGUGACAGCCUUUUUAGAUUCUUGCACGACAAUUUCAUGUGUUCAGAUGAAACGUCGCGUUUCCUUUCAAAUUUGCUAAGACGAUCACUCGAAACCUUCACUAAUCGACUGAUUUACACCUUUAGGAAUGCCAUCUGGUCAACAUCCCAGGAAGCCCCAUCAGAUCUCAUAGAAGUCGUGGAGAUCUUGUGCGAGAGCCGAGUGCAGCAAUUCUUUUCUAACAGUGCUUCAGCCUACCUACGAGAUGUUGUAAACAAGGGGAAAGAUCGAAACCCCUUUAGCGGAAGACAAAAGACUGCUUGGUCAAAAGCUAAUGGUGAAGGAAAAAAAGAUCUGCUCAAAAACUUCCUUUUUAUUCUCCUGAAACGCACCUAUGAAUUCCUUGAGAAAGAAACUGGUGGCAGACGACAGCAAAAGAAGUCGCAUUUCAUCUUAACAGAACAACUUAAACAAGAUGUGAAAGAUUUGCUUGCAGUGCGAUCUCUUGAUGUUGAUGCUUGUAGACCUGCUCUUUUAGAGAUACUGUAUAAACAUCUACAGAAAGUAAUUGAAUUUUGCCACAAAACCAUCCGUGAGAUAAAUCCCCAUCCGUCCUUAGAUAUUCAGAAAGAUAUCUCACUGCCUGAGAAAAUGGUAGAUAAAGACGAAAACAGCAUCGUACCCUUACAAUCUGGUCAUGAGAAAAUCGUUAAAGAGGUGAAAGAUCUCCUUCGCAAGUCUACUGCAAAGGCAGCGGCUGAUGCCAUUCGAAAACUGGAGACGAAGUUGAAUUUGGGCAAAGGUGGCUUGGGACUUCCAGACAAUGUGGAUCAUCGUCUGUGGGCGAAGGUGUUGAUUAAUGUUCUCAGUGACAAGGAUCAUUUUAAUAUCCCACUUGAAAAUUGUGUCCUUGUUGACCAUCAUGUUGCAGAAGUGGGAAACCUUUUUGCGCUGGCUCGAAAACAUGUGUCUGCUUAUCAGACGUCCGGUGUAACCUGUAGAGUAGUACAAGAACCUUCCCUUUCUGACGAUGUCAUUCGUUUGAGGAAGAGCGCGCAAGAAAAGUACUGUUUGGAAGUUCUUUUCUCUCCCCUGAUGACUGCCAAGCUUGAUGCAAUUAGCAAAGGUUUUAAAGAUCCUUCGCAAAGCCUCGCACCGAUUUUCAUUCCAACAAUACGGCCUGGUCCAACACCAGAGAUCAUAGGAAACUACUUUCUUGAGGAAGAUCCAUGGAGUAAAUAUUCUCAAUCGAAUGACAGAUUAGAGGACGAAGACCAAAAUAUGGUCGGUGAAGAGUUUAGAGCACAAAAUGGUAGUUCUGUUCUUAACAUUUUUCUGGUUGUGGAGCCACAUCACUUAGAAACUGUUCAAGCCACAAUGGAAGGACUUCGGCGGCCUUCUGUGAACAACGUUAAUCUGAUGUACGUUGUUUUGCCACAGAGAGGACGAGGAAUUGGUGUCACGAGGGCAGUUAUUAAAAGCCUCGCAGAGUGCUUCAGAUUUUCACUGUACUGGACUAUUGACGACGAUAUUCAGUUUAUGUAUCAAUUUGACGGGAACAGCCGCAGGUGGUACAAGUGCUCAAUCACCAGGGGACUUCUGUUUGGACAGCGAGUGUUUCAGACCUGUUUAGAGAAGACAGCCAAAUAUCUGAGCGACGACGAAAGGCAUGACGUGUACGAAGAUGCAACCAGGGGUUGGGAACAGUGGACCAAACGAAUAAAGCGUAGUGCCAACACACUUCUUAUUAAUGACAGCUCUUUUUUGGAGGUGCAAAGAAAUCCAAGCCUUUUGCAUUCGCCAUUUGUUGAGGCAGCAAAAGUCUGUGGUGGUGAUCCUGUAAAAGAAAAGAAAAUGAUUGAUUACGAACGCCAAUUUGUUUCGGAAUGCAGAAAAAGACUCUUCGAAGACACUGUCAACCACAUAGCGGGCGUGUCCCUCGCUCACGAAUCAAGCAGACGGUAUGACUACAUGAGCAAGUAUCCAAAAGCUGACUAUAUGUGUAGUGAGCAACGAUACCAAGUGGUUCUGCAUAACGCCCCAGCCCUGAAGGGAAGAAAUUAUGUUACUGAUGAAGUGCUUUUCAGUGACGAAGAAUUUCAAGUUAAUGAUGAAAGCAAACGCGAUUCCCUUUAUUGGGGGAUCAGAGGAAGUACUAAAUCGUUCUGCCAUGCUCUGAAGGUCAGUGGUGUGAUUGGCUAUCAAGUGAUACGAAUCGUCCACAGUCACAACAAGGCGCUCCGAAAAGUCUUCACCAGGGCUCCUCCUAUUCUUAACAUAGAUGAGGACGAGGAUGAGAAUGACGACAUAAACAUGGAGGAUGAUUAGAAGAAAUAAAUACAUAAUAACGAGCCGCAGGAUUGACUAUCCAUAUUCAGUUCGAUACACUUGAUUAUGAGAAGGACAGAGGUAGCUUUUUUAAUUUGGCAUAAACAACAUUUGGGUCUGUCGGAAAGUUUCAGCCUUAUGUUGUAAUUUAUUUCAGGCAUUUCGCUUACUAUGAAUAAUUGUUAUUUAUACUGAUAGGGACAUUGCCUGUGCCUUGUUGAAAAUUUGCGUGUAAACCCGGUCUUUGUUUUUACCAUUAAGAUUUUUUUUCGAAAAAGAUGAAGCUGAUAGAAAUGCUUCAAUUUCGGAUAACGUCAAUGUCGGUUUUGAAAUAUACAGUGUAUUUUUUUGAAGUUUGUAUGGUCAUCUGGCUGUCCAGAAUGGAAUAUUAAGAUAUGUUGAUUGUAGACACAAUUGUAGACGCAAUACAAUUCAAACAAAACUGUAACGAGAGAUACUUGAUUAUGUACGUACGGUUCAAAGUUGCUUCUUAAAAAUUGCCAGUGUCUGGUUUCCUAUCACAGCAAUUGUUUGUAUGGGUUAUAUAAGAGGCUCCUUUGAGAGGACGAGUGCAGGCUCCUUUCCUUAAUAUGAAUUAUCUGCUUUUGUUUUAAUGAGUAGUGCAUUUUACUGUAAAGCUACGUAAAACGGGCAACAAAAACGCGCGAAUCGUUUUGCAACAUUGCUGCAGUGCGAUGUAGUACGUUUUACAACCCAUAUUUAAACCUGACUUGCAACAAAUAAAGGUUGCUGCAAGUUGCGUGGAUACCAACUUCUGAUUGGAUAAAAGUACGCGAGAAU